CAAGCGGAGGAGAAAGAACAUGGCGGGCGUCGCGGGGCCCCGCAUGGGCCAGGGGGCAGCGGGCGGAGAUGGAGACGAUUCGCUCUACCCGAUCGCGGUAUUAAUCGACGAGCUGCGCAAUGAGGACGUGCAGCUCCGUCUCAAUAGUAUUAAGAAAUUAUCAACAAUUGCUCUAGCACUUGGAGUAGAAAGGACACGAACUGAACUGCUGCCUUUCCUUACAGAUACAAUUUAUGAUGAAGAUGAGGUACUGUUAGCUCUUGCUGAGCAGCUGGGAAAUUUCACUGGCCUGGUGGGAGGUCCUGACUUUGCCCACUGUUUGUUGCCUCCUCUGGAAAGUCUGGCGACCGUGGAAGAGACCGUGGUUCGAGACAAGGCUGUGGAGUCCCUGAGGCAGAUCUCCCAGGAGCACACUCCUGUGGCCCUGGAGGCUCACUUUGUCCCUCUGGUGAAACGCCUAGCAAGUGGGGAUUGGUUUACCUCUCGCACAUCUGCAUGUGGUUUGUUCAGCGUUUGCUAUCCCAGGGCUUCAAAUGCUGUCAAAGCAGAAAUUAGACAGCACUUCCGUUCCUUGUGCUCAGAUGACACACCAAUGGUACGACGUGCUGCUGCUUCCAAAUUGGGUGAAUUUGCAAAAGUUUUGGAAUUAGACAGUGUGAAAAGUGAAAUUGUUCCAUUGUUCACUAAUCUAGCUUCCGAUGAACAGGAUUCAGUGCGCCUCCUAGCUGUGGAAGCUUGUGUCAGUAUUGCUCAGUUACUUUCUGAGGAUGACCUUGAGGCUUUGGUGAUGCCUACACUUGGACAAGCAGCAGAAGAUAAAUCUUGGCGAGUUCGCUAUAUGGUAGCUGACAAAUUUUCAGAGCUCCAGAAAGCUGUGGGUCCCAAAAUCACCCUAAAUGACCUCAUCCCCGCCUUUCAGAACCUACUCAAAGACUGUGAAGCUGAAGUCCGAGCAGCUGCUGCCCACAAAGUGAAAGAACUUUGUGAGAACUUGCCCAUGGAAGGUAGAGAGACCAUAAUUAUGAAUCAAAUUCUGCCCUAUAUAAAGGAAUUAGUAUCUGACACAAAUCAACAUGUCAAGACAGCUCUAGCUUCUGUAAUUAUGGGAUUGUCUACGAUUUUGGGCAAAGGGAAUACCAUUGAACAUCUUCUACCUCUUUUUUUAGCUCAGUUAAAGGAUGAGUGUCCUGAAGUUCGUUUGAACAUCAUCUCUAAUUUGGAUUGUGUAAAUGAAGUGAUUGGAAUCCGGCAGCUCUCUCAAUCACUCCUUCCUGCCAUAGUGGAGCUGGCUGAAGAUGCCAAAUGGAGGGUCCGGCUGGCCAUCAUUGAGUAUAUGCCACUGCUGGCAGGCCAGCUGGGUGUGGAAUUCUUUGAUGAGAAGCUGAAUUCUUUAUGUAUGGCCUGGCUUGUGGACCAUGUGUACGCCAUCCGUGAAGCUGCCACCAACGGCCUCGUGAAACUAGUGCAGAAGUUUGGUAAAGAGUGGGCCCAAAAUACCAUCGUUCCCAAAGUGUUAGUAAUGGCACAUGAUCCUAAUUACCUGCACAGAAUGACCACUCUAUUCUGCAUUAACGCGCUAUCUGAAGCCUGUGGUCAGGAAAUAACCACUAAGCAGAUGCUGCCUGUUGUAUUGAAAAUGGCAAGAGAUCAAGUAGCAAAUGUCCGAUUCAAUGUGGCCAAAUCGCUACAGAAAAUUGGGCCAAUUCUAGAUACCGAUGCUUUGCAGGAGGAAGUUAAGCCGGUACUGCAGAAGCUAGGCCAAGAUGAAGACGUGGAUGUCAAGUACUUUGCACAGGAAGCUAUAAGUGUGCUUGCAUUGGCAUAAUGAAGAACAGGAGGGGAAAGACUUUACUAAAUUCUUAUCACAGAUUUCUAGUCCAUGUGUUCUUGAACUGGGUGGAGAGAAAAAAUGGAAAACCUUCAAGACCUCAUCUGAACAAAUGGCAACAACUAACAAGAAAUCAAAUUUCAGUGACUCGAUUCUUUCUAAAGAUUGUUUUUUACUUGUCUUCCUUGUUGGGAUAAUUAUAUUUUAACUGUUCUUAUUGUUUGUGACCAAUUCCUGACACUUGCACAGUCAUUUCUUGGUUGUCUCCUAAUGAUUUAUUUAGCACCAUCUGAGCUCCUGCAUCCUCAUUGUUUAAUCAGGCCCCGGCCACUUAAUAUUCCACCAAGCCUGGACAGGUUUGGACCCAGAUGUGGAGCAGAGUGAUCCUUUUGAUGUUUAUAUGUAUCUGUGUGUCUCCAUCAUUCCAAAGUUAAAUAUACAUGGUUUAGAAUAACUUAUUUGAUAAGCACUCCACUUGGGAGAGACAUUGAGGUUUAACUGUAGCGAGAGCCAUAUUUUCCUGGAU